AUAACAACAUUCUAGAACAGAGAGAAAGGCAGCGGAUUCCUUUCCUGCUGCUACUAAAAGAGUCACACACAGACAGAGACAGACAGACGCAUUUUCCCACAUUAAUGGAGGCACGGUCAUCGGGCGCAAUCAAACAGCCCUAAACAUGGUGAAGGACCAAGAAGUGGAGCGCGUCGCAAAGAAGCUGGACAAAAUGGUGCAUAAGAAAAACACUGAUGGUGCCAUUGACCUGCUUCGGGAGCUGAAGAACAUGAAGAUGUCUUUGGAGACCCUACAGGUAUGUGUCUGUGAGCCAAGCAUGUGCCACGUUGGGUUACAUAAUCAUGGCUUUCUCUUCCAGUCAGGGAAUCUGGCUUGUUUGGAAUGGCGUACUGUUUGUACCAUGUCUGCAGUGUCUAGAAUGUAAUCAGUGCUUAGUAUGCAAAAUCUAGGCAUGCAUAGAAUAUCUGGAUGACCAGAAAUUGCAGUACCCAACACACUCAAAAAAAAUAACUCUUUGAAUGAACAUUAAAAAAAAAUCAUGGAAAGGAUUUCCA